AUGUGGCAGGAGGCUCUGCGGACGCGCGGACGCUACCUGCUUGAGAAGAGCGAUGGUGGGGAAGGGGCCGAGGGGCCCGAGAGCCUGGAGAAGCCCCAGGACUGGCUGUACGAGUCCUACUACAGGAUGAGCCAGCAGCAUCCGCUCAUCGUAUUCCUCCUGCUGAUAGUCAUGGGAGCCUGCCUCGCACUCCUGGUUGUGUUCUUCGCUUCAGGACUGGACAUAGAGGACCACCUGGCAUUCCUGAUCACACUGCCCACCACCCUCUUCCUCUUUCUCUCCAUCUUCAUCCUCGUCUGCAUCGAGUCGGUCUUCAAGAGGAUGCUCCGCUUCUUCUCUCUCCUUAUAUGGGCCUGUUUGGUUGCCAUGGGUUACCUCUUCAUGUUCUCAGGAGGGAAACUCUGUCCCUGGGACCAGGUGUCCUUCUUCCUCUUCAUAGUGUUUGUGGUCUACACCAUGUUGCCCUUCUCCAUGAGAGCAGCUCUGCUUGCCAGCGUCGUCACCUGCUCCUCGCACACCGUCACCCUCACCGUGUGUCUGGCCGCCACGGCCGAGCGGCUGCAGCCGCUGGUGUGGCAGAUCUUAGCCAACAUCAUCAUCUUCGCCUGCGGUAACCUGGCUGGGGCCUACCAUAAACACCUGAUGGACCUGGCUCUCAAACAGACCUACCAAGACACCUGCAACUGCAUCAAGUCUCCUAUCAAACUGGAGUUUGAAAAGCACCAGCAGGAGCGUUUAUUGUUGUCCCUGCUACCAGCCCAUAUAGCCAGGGUGAUGAAAGCUGAGAUCAUCCAGAGGCUGCAGGGACCCAAUUUUGGCAGAACAGAGAACACCAACAACUUUCACAACCUUUACGUGCAGCGGCACACCAACGUCAGUAUUCUGUAUGCAGACAUAGUGGGCUUCACUCGGCUGGCCAGCGACUGUUCCCCCGGAGAACUGGUGCACAUGCUCAACGAGCUCUUCGGCAAGUUUGACCAGAUUGCCAAGGAAAAUGAGUGUAUGCGCAUCAAGAUCCUGGGGGAUUGCUACUACUGUGUGUCGGGGCUGCCCGAGUCUCUCCCCCACCAUGCCAGGAACUGUGUCAAAAUGGGCCUGGAUAUGUGUGAGGCCAUCAAGAAAGUGCGAGACGCCACCGGCGUGGACAUCAACAUGCGUGUCGGGGUGCAUUCUGGGAAUGUCCUGUGUGGCGUGAUAGGCCUCCAGAAGUGGCAGUACGACGUCUGGUCACAUGAUGUCACACUGGCCAAUCAUAUGGAGGCAGGGGGUGUGCCCGGGAGGGUCCACAUCUCUGCGGUGACCUUGCAGCAUCUGAAGGGCUCCUAUAAGGUGGAACCCGGGGACGGCCAGAGUCGAGAUCCCUAUCUGAAAGAGCACGGGGUGCUCACAUACCUGGUCAUCAACCCGAAGACUGAGCGGCACAGCCCCCACCUGGGCGUGCGCUCUCGCCCAUCUCUGGACGGGGGCAAAAUGAGGGCUUCUGUCAGGAUGACUCGGUACCUUGAGUCCUGGGGAGCAGCCAAGCCCUUCGCCAACCUCCACCACCGAGACAGCAUGACCACUGACAACGGCAAGAUCAACACCACUGAUGUUCCAAUGGGGCAGUACCACUACCAGAGACAAGAGAGGUCCAAAUCUCAGAGGAGGCGAUUCGAAGAGGAACUUAAUGAGCGGAUGAUUCGAACCAUCGACGGCAUUAACUCGCAGAAGCAGUGGCUCAAGUCUGAGGACAUCCAGAGGAUUUCAUUGUUCUUUCACAACAAAGCACUGGAGAAAGAGUACAGAUCCACAACGUUGCCUGCCUUCAAGUACUAUGUCACCUGCGCAUGUCUCAUAUUCAGCUGUAUCUUCAUAGUGCAGGUCCUGGUCUUGCCCAAAACUGCUGUAUUGGGGAUCUCCUUUGGACUGGCAUUCCUGCUGUUGGCAUUGAUCCUGCUCAUAUGCUUUGCCAGUCACAUUUUGAAGGGUGGUAAACGUCCCCUCUGCUCGCUUCCCUGGUUCCCCAACUCCUCAAGCAUCAUCAUCGCCAACAAGCCCUGGUUACGACUGGUCCUCACGGUGGCAACCACCACCCUCAUUCUGGUGAUGGCUGUCUUUAACAUGUUCUUCUUGGAAGACAAAGUUCAGUCGACCGUCCCACGCGUGAAUCUAACCAACGGCAGCCUGCUGACCUCGCACAGUCACAGCCAACCCACAGACGAAAGCAAGUUCUAUCUGCCUUACUUCAUCUACUGCUGUAUCCUGGGCCUGAUGUCAUGUUCAGUGUUUCUGAGGAUUAACUAUGAGCUAAAGAUGGUGGUGAUGCUGAUUGCCGUAGUGAUUUACAACAUCAUCAUUCUCCAGACACAUGCGCCCCUGCUGGAUAGUUACAGUACUGCGCUACACCGCACUCAAACACUGGAUAGGCCAGGGGUUUUAAAGGAUCUGAAGACGAUGGGUUCUGUGUCUCUGUUCAUCUUCUUUAUUACUCUGCUGGUGUUGGCCAGGCAGAAUGAAUAUUACUGUAGGUUGGACUUCCUGUGGAGGAACAAGUUCAAGAGGGAGUGUGAGGAGAUCGAAACCAUGGAGAACCUCAACCGCGUGCUGCUGGAGAACGUUUUGCCCGCCCACGUCGCCGAGCACUUCCUGGGGCGCAACUGGAAGAACGAGGACCUGUAUCACCAGUCAUACGAGUCUGUGUGCGUGAUGUUCGCCUCCAUCCCCGACUUCAAAGAGUUCUACACCGAGUCCGACGUCAAUAAGGAGGGACUCGAGUGCCUGCGACUUCUCAACGAGAUCAUAGCUGAUUUUGAUGAGCUGUUGUCCAAGCCCAAGUUCAGCGGAGUGGAGAAGAUAAAGACCAUCGGCAGCACCUACAUGGCUGCUACUGGACUCAAUGCAACACCGGGACCAGAGAGCACACAGGAGCACGACAGACAGUACAUGCACAUUGGUACCAUGGUGGAGUUUGCCUUCGCUCUCGUUGGGAAGCUAGACGUUAUCAACAAACACUCGUUCAACGACUUCCGCCUCAGAGUUGGAAUCAACCACGGGCCGGUGAUUGCAGGGGUCAUCGGGGCUCAGAAACCUCAGUAUGACAUCUGGGGGAACAGUGUGAACGUAGCCAGUAGGAUGGAGACCACCGGGGUACUGGGAAAAAUACAGGUGACCGAAGAGACCAGUCACAUCCUGUCAACGCUGGGGUACGCGUGUUCGUGUCGGGGUAUCAUCAAUGUGAAGGGCAAAGGAGAGCUCAAGACCUACUUUAUCCACACCGAGAUGACCCGAACUCUAUCGCAAGGGACCAUGGUGGCCUGAACAUGUCGAACAAACACACACACAAAUGCACCCAAUAAACACAACAAACACAAAAAGAGACUGCUUAAUUAGUAAUCUGUAAUUACCCCACCAAAUAACCAGGUCCCUCCCGUCUGUCCACUCUGGGUGGACAGACGGGUG